AUGUACCUUACCCUGCCAGUCCCCCCCUACCUCCGUAAAUUGAUUAUUACGUCGGGUCCCUCUCUCUCGCUCGCACUCACCCCAGCUGUUGCUCUGACGCCAGUCAGCUUGUCCACCUUCUCGACACCUCCGACAGAGUCCUCCUCCUCCCAAACCCGCAACACUCCUCACCUCUCCACGAGCUUGGCACCAAAACAAGAGGAACUUUACGACCGCAUUGCCAGCUUUGAGAGCGGUUCAACAACGCAAAAGACGGCGCUGAUGGCUUCGACAUCGCAAGAACAACCGCAGAAUGGCGCUGCUGUAGACCCGGCGCAAGCGGCCCCAGCCCCGGCCGCCAGGAAUGAGCUUUCCCUCCGCUCAAAGAGCAACAUGUCCAUUCCUCCGCCGGGCCAAUCCUUGACGGGCAAGCAGGAACACUACCUCAAGCGCGAGCUGAUUUCAGAGCAAGUCAAGUACGAAAUCUCCGAGCUCAACUCCCCCACGGCCCUCAAGCGAUUCGGCGCCCCCUUUAAAUCUGACGUCGGAGAGGUCUCUCCUCUGGACUCGGAGCUUCCCAUCUUGCGCUACAUCUUUGUCCAUCAUGUUCGCGAUUUCCCCUUCCUCGACAAGGCCCGAGAGAAGGAGUUCUGGCAGGACAAGCUCCAGGUGUUCCUAGAAUCCUUUGCGACCAAGAACAUUUCGUCCUCCGAAGAUAGACUAGAAGAGACCAAGCGGCGCAAGCUGGCGAUUAAAUGCCAGAAGCUUGUCGAGCUGAUGAUGGUGUCCGGCUGCAAGACGUCCUCCGGUUUCGAGGAGAGAAUACGCUUUUCCGAGAUCGAGGUCGUAGACAGCAAUGCCAUCGACACGGGUGUCCUGAACGCUCUGCCCGAGGGCAACUAUAUUAACGGUUGGGAUGUCAACAUUGCCGCCGUCAGAAUCACGACGGAGAGGAAGACCAUUCGAUCGCACAAGCACGCUGAGUUCAUCAUGCGUAUCCAUCGCAAGGGCGAGCUCGAGUUCUUCAUCGGCAGGCGGUACGGCGAUUUCGUAAGGCUGCAUAAGAGGUUACGCCUUGAACUCCCGGGCAAGGUUCUGCCCACGUUGCCCAAAAAGAACAAGUCGGACACAACGACUUCCGGGCUGUUCUCCUCCCUGACCGGUGGCGGCAGUCCUGAUUCUUCUGCAUCGUCCGUGUCGUCCGUGUCGACUAUGAUGACUGGCCUUACACCGCAUGACAAGGAGCCCUCCAAGUUGUCGGUGCUAGCCUCUACCACCUCCGGUCGCAACUCACCUCGCGUAUCCACUGACAGCAGACCCAAGAGCCCCCUGCCAUUCCACGGAAAGAGACAUGAGCAGGUGACGUUGUGGCGUGAGAGCCAGCGCGUCUCUCUCCGAGCUUUCAUCCGUACCCUGCUCUCGAACCCUCAGAUCGCGCAAACAAAGGCCAUGGAGGAGUUCCUCACGAGGGACCCGAUUACACCGACCGAUGCCGACAUUGACGACAUCGAGCGGAGAAAGGCGGUCGAUGCGAUGCGUGUAGAGGAGCAGAAGAAGUUUUACGAGAUUGCAAGGAAGCGCGCCGCUGAGCUCGACAUAUACAUGGAAGAAUUCCGUCAAGAGAUCGUCGAGCGCAAUGGUCUCACAUCGUUGUUCAAGGAGAUCAAGGACAAGGAGACCAUUCAGGAUCUCAGCAUCCAGUACCGAAAGUUUGCCGAGUGGCUCCGGAUUGAGGUUGCUGCAACGAUAUACCACCUGUUCCUUGCGGAGGACAACUCUCCCGAGCUGUUCGCUCAGGCGAAGAGGAUCCACUCGCUCAUCCCGUAUACCGUCAUCAAGAAUGUCAUUAGGAUUGCCAACCCAGCUGCCGUCAUGUCUGGCGUUUUGGAUAUCUUCCUGGCACAGCCUUUCGGCACUCGCUCGCUACUGCAGCGCAUCUUUUCGCUUACUCUCAACGACGGUAUUAAGAGCUUCCAGAGAUCCAUCGACACUCUUGCCGCUAAGAUCGGCGACGAGGCUUUCACGAGGAAGCUGAAGAUGUACACGGAGGCAGAGGAACACAUCAAGCUCGCUAUUCGGGAAGAGGCCGCUGCCGAGGAUAUGGACCUGAUUGUUGUCAUUCUGCGCUCUGACUUCCUUGAGCCUAGUCUGACGUCGGAACAAAUUGGCCGACUUUACAAUGCCUACGUGGCUUUCAACAACGCUGUCGAGAACAUUGACGAGGAGCUGAAGCAGGGUGCUCAACUGUUCUCUUACCUCAAGCAGUUCUUGAAGCUCUGCACCAGGCAGCACGACAAGGCCAUGAUGUUGCAGCUUGUGGAGGAGCCGGUCACGCUCCAGCUCUUCCGCGACCUCUUCACCAUCUUCUACGAACCCCUCGUCCGGGUCUACAAGUCAGCCAAUGUCUACAGCAGCGUUACUGACUUCGCUGUGUUCAUCGAUGACAUGAUUCAGGCAUUGCAGGUCGUGGAGAAGUGCCAGGAGCAGGAUGCAUCGGCGGACCCGAACCAGACCGUGCAGGCGUUUAUUGAUCUCUGCCAGAGACACGAGCACAACUUUUACAAGUUUGUGCACGAGGUCCACACUCACGACAACGGACUCUUCGACCAGUUGAUGGGCUGGAUUGAAGACAUUCUGGAAUUCCUCAGAAAAGGCCCCAAGAAUGGCACUUUGAAUAUCAAUGCGCUGUUCGAGGGAGGCGUUAGCUCGGGCAUCAUUGAAAAGGACAAGGUCAUCGACGAGGUCAACCAGCUCAUCGCAUGGCAAGAGGCCAGGAAGAAGUGGCACCACGACAAGACGCGUCAGAAGAUGGCUGCUGAAGGAAACGGAGGUCCGGACCUUGCGCCCACGGGCUUCUCAUCGUCAGACUUCGGUCUUGACCAGAUGGACUUGGAAGACAUGGCGUAUGACGACGAUGAUGAAGAGGAAGAGGACGCAGAGGAGGAGGACGAGCUCGACCCUAUUGAGGCCGAGCGCCGUCGUCGUGCCAAGAGACGCGAUAGGCUUCGCCGGAGCGCCGGCGAACCGGCCAAGCCGCCCGUGUCCGAGGUUCACAAGCUCAAGGAAAACUUCCUUGUCAUGUUGCGUGAAGUUCUUGCCCAGUAA